AUGAAGACUAGGAGCAUGAAGUCCGUAGAAACUCGCCCAACGCCGACCGCCGCCGAGUCGGCACCCGCCGCCGCCGCCGCCGUCGCCCCCGUCGUCACGACUACGUCGACCACCGCCGCGUCAACGUCAGUCACGGCCGCCGUUAGGACUGCGCCGACCACAGCCGCGUCGACGCCAGUCACCGCCCCCCCGCUGACCAGGAAACCCAGCACAAGCCGUACAGCCACGGCUACCAGCACAGAGGACAGCUCGGGCACUACCGCAACGACGACGACGGGAACCGCCACUACUACGACGACUGCAACGACGACGGAGGAAUCUACGGGGGAAAGCACGCACGACACGACACUACGGCCCAAGUCGGUGAAGCGUGCACCGACAGCGCCGCGUUCCUCAGCGUCGAAGGGACGUCGCCUGGCGCUGCUGAAGGCUAAAGAAGAAUUGUUGAAGAAGGAAGUGGAGCUAGCGGCGGCGAAGAUCGCCACAUUAGAAGCGGAAUCAGACGACGACGAUACGGAUAUAGUCAGCGUGAGCGAAAUGCAAGAGCGCACCAAGACGUGGGUGGACCAGCUUCCCGCCGCCGAGGAAGACCCGUCCCCCCCGCAGCCGUCCGCCGCCGCCGCCGUCCCCCCCGCUGCCGCCGUUUUCCCCGCUGCCACCGUAAAGGAUCAUGAGAAGCCGAAACACAGGAGUAUAGAAGAGAAGCCAACAACUUUCGAUUACAGUCAACUAGCGACAGCGAUAGCAUCGGCCGCACGAGCAGUACCAGCCGCCAUCGCCCCGCGCUCCGUGCCUGAGCUGCCCAUCUUCAGCGGAGCGUCGAGUGAAUGGCUAGUUUUCAAGACCGCCUAUGAAGAGACUGCAGUAUAUUUGACGGAGCAAGAAAACUUAUCAAGACUACGUCGGAGCCUUCGGGGAGCAGCAAGAGAUGCCGCCCAAUGUUUAUUCAUCGGUGCAACCACGACUGCCGACGUGAUGCGAUUGCUGUCUACGCGCUUCGGGCGGCCGGACGCCCUCGUCAUGGCCGAACUGGAGAAGCUGCGGGCCCUACCACGUCUGACCGAAUCACCGAGGGACAUUUGCACCUUCGCCACGAGGAUAUCAAACAUUACAGCAACCAUCAGGGCAUUGAAGAAGACACAUUACCUGCAUAACCCGGAAGUAGUUCGACACGUAGUGGAGAAGAUGCCGUCAGCACUGCGAUAUAGGUACUACGAUUUUGCGGCCGAACAAGAUGAAGAGGAACCAGACUUGAUGAAGCUAGCAAGUUUCAUGGAGAGAACAGCGGAGCGGUGCGGCAGCUUCGCGCCCGUGGAAGCCACACCAGUCGUCGACCGGCGGGAGCACACGUCCGCUCCACUGAGGCGGACAAUGAGGACUCACCACAUAGAAGAAAAGAAGAUAAACGUCACGGCCGGUGACAAUAGGAAACAAUGUCCAGUCUGCGAAAAGGAAACACACCACGUCGCCGAAUGUGCAGAUUUCAAGAAGACAGAGGUCAACGAGCGCUGGGAAACCGCGAAGAAACAUAGGUUGUGUUUCCGCUGCCUGAAACGGAGGAAGUUCGGCCACACAUGUCCCACGAGGAGGUGCGACGUCGGCGGGUGCAAGUACUCGCACCACCGCCUACUGCACUCCGAGCCGGAACAACGAGCGUCCAUCCACGCGGGAACUCACAUAGAAGAAGACCCAGUAAUAGCCACUAUAGCGUCGACAAGAGAAAGGAAGAAUACUACAGCACUAUUGAAGAUUCUGCCGGUUCGUGUAAGUGGACCUAAGGGGACUCACUGCACGUACGCACUUCUCGACGAUGGAUCAACGUGCACAUUAAUAGAGGCGGCGGUGGCGGAACACAUCGGCGUAUCGGGACCUCCGGAGCCAUUUUACAUAGAAGGAGUAGCCGGGGCACGAGUGGACACCGGCGCUUCGAGAAGAGUUACCUUCGACAUCAGCGCGCCAGAGGACACGCACAGCUACAGCAUCUCAGCGCGCACGAUGAAGAACCUGCAGUUAUCGCCGCAGAGCGUGCCGGCGUACGCCGUGACGGGACAGAGCCACCUAGAAGACCUACAAGACCAGCUGACUUAUCACCGGGGAACGCCAACCGUAUUAAUAGGACAAGACAACUGGCAGCUACUCCUGGCACAUGAAGUCAGACGCGAGCAAGACAGCCAACUGGUCGCCGCGCGCACGGACCUAGGAUGGGUGUUGCACGGAGUGCGGCACACACCGGCGGGAGGCCCCGCUCAUCGAGUACAUCACGCGAGGAUCGUAGAAGAUGAUCAAGCAAUAGAAAACUGCUUCGAGACCACUUCGCAUUGGAAGUCCUAG